ACGGUGACGGCGACCACGGCAUGUCGGACCUGUCCCCUGAACGCGGAAGUCGAGUGUCCGAAAGGCACGACCAAGACAACCCAGGGAGAGGGACUACGCGACUGCCAGUACCGCAUCCCCGUCUUCGGGUCCUGGGGCAUCGUCUUGACGGGCUGCCACCACGUCUGCGCCCGCCAGGUCCUGCAGCCCCAGUGCUGCCCGGGGUACUGGGGACCCGACUGUCAAGAGUGCCCUGGAGGAGCAGACAACCCCUGCAGUGGCCAUGGAGCCUGUGCAGGGGGCAUUCAGGGGAAUGGAACAUGUACCUGUGAGGGAGGGUUUGGUGGCAUAGCCUGUGAGACCUGUAAAAAUGACAAACUGUAUGGCCCAGAAUGCAGUGGAGAGUGCACCUGUGUCCAUGGCAUCUGUAAGAGUGGUCUGGAGGGAGACGGUAGCUGCACCUGUCUCUCAGGGUACAAGGGAGAACACUGUGAUGAACCGCUGCCUCACUGCGACGCUCUGGACUGCAACCAGUUCGGGAGAUGUGUGGAGCAGGCUCAGGGUGAAGGACUGGUCUGUCGCUGCCUGCCCGGUUACCAUGGUGACGGCAAAAACUCCUGUCUGCCGAUCGACCCCUGUCUGGAGGCAGUCUGUGCCCCUCAGGCUGACUGUAUCCACACAGGCCCUAACCAGCACAGGUGUGAGUGCAGACCAAACUACAGCGGCGACGGUCGCGUCUGUCUGCCCAUUGAUCCAUGCCAAACCAACUUUGGGGGAUGUCCGACCAACUCAACUGUCUGUGUUUACGACGCGCCGGGAAAGGCUCACUGUGAGUGUAAGCAGGGCUAUGUGGACCUAGUGGAGGGACAGGGCUGCGGUUUGAUCGACAUCUGUCAACACGACAACCCCUGCCACAGGAAUGCCAACUGUACCACCGUGGCGCCCGGACAGACAGAGUGUGUCUGCAAAUUGGGGUACGUGGGAGAUGGUAUCAACUGCUACGGAAACAUCUUGGAGCGCAUCUCAGAGUUGAACAACGAGGACGGGGGACCACUGCGAGGCCACCUUGUGUACAGCAGUAUCCUGCUACAGAGUGCCUAUGCCAGGACACUCACAAGGAAUGGACCCUUCACAGUCUUCGUCCCCAACGAUGCAGCAUUCCAGAACAAGUUUGAUGUUGUCCGACUAGUGAGUGACCUUCCGAAGGCCCAGCACCUUGCCAAGCUGCACAUUUUACCCGGACACCUGACGGCUCACCAGCUCAACACCACCAACUCUGUCUUCAACCUGGAGGGAGCAGGGAUGGAAAUAGAACCAAAUAAGCAUGACACUUUCCUGCGGGUCCGUCUUCUUGGGACCAAUGUCAAGUCCAAGAUGGUGUUUCCCGACAUUGUUGCAGCCAAUGGACUGAUCCAUGUGAUAGACACGGUUCUGGACAUGGACUCAGUGGUGCCCAGUAUGCCAGAGGCUACCAUCAAAGAGUUGAUCGAGGUGGAAGGCAAAUACAACCGGAUGGAGGGAUUAUUAAAGCUUGUAGGAAUGGCAGAGAUGCUUGAGGAGCCGGGACCCUUCACAGUCUUCGCUCCCAAUAACGGGGCCUGGGAUUCUCUGCCCCAGGGCACUCUGGACUACCUGAUGUCAGAAGAGGGAAAGCCCAAGCUUAAGGCCAUUUUAAAGAAUCACAUCAUUGUCAACAAUAAGAUUGAAGUUCAAGACUUGAUCUUCAUGCCGAGAUUUACCACCUUGGAGAACAUGGCCAUUACCGUCUCAGUAACCGCCCAGGGUGCGAUAAAGCUGGACGGCAGCGCCCGCGUGUACCAGACGGACAUCGCGGCGAGUAACGGCUACGUCCACAGCGUCGACAAAGUCCUCAUCCCCGACGCCAUCAAGCCGCUCUUCAACCACCGCUGUGAUGUCAUGUUGUACGACGUAGUGGCCGGUAGCUGCAGCAGCUGUAGUCAGAUAGACCUGAACGGCUGUCCUGAGGGUGCUGAGCCACUGGAAAUCGUGGAGCGUGGAUGUGUGUUCUGGACGCUGAUUUGGAACAUCCGUUUCCCCCAUACUGGCUGUUCACGCAAGUGCAACCAGACUGUCAUGCUUCCCGAAUGUUGUGAAGGGUUUUAUGGAGAGUCGUGUCUGCCAUGCCCCGGUGGUUACCGCACACCCUGUAAUCUUCAUGGACAGUGUAAUGGCGGCAUCAAUGGCAACGGCACCUGUGUCUGUGAUCCUGGGUUCAUGGGCACAACUUGUGAAAUCUGCCAGGAUAGACUCCUGUAUGGUGUCAACUGUGAUAAAGAAUGUGACUGUCUGCACGGUGAGUGUAACGGAGGGCCGAACGGAGACGGCACAUGUAAGCCGAACACGUGUGAGCAGGGCUGGACAGGGGAGAACUGUGACCAGCCCAUCAACCCGUGUGGACCCAACCUGGACGUCUGCCACGAGCACGCACAGUGUGAUAACCAGUUUGGGAACAUCAGAUGUGUGUGCAAAUCAGGAUACACAGGGUCUGGUCUAGAAUGUAUCGAGAUGAACCCGUGCCGCUUGCCUGACAGAGGAGGAUGUCAUCCCGACGCCACCUGUAUCAAGGUUGGACCAGGCACCAAUGUGUGCCAGUGUGAUGAGGGCUGGGAAGGUGACGGCAUCUCGUGCAUCCCUGUGGACAACUGUCGCUCCCUGAACAGGGGAGGGUGUGACCCACAUGCUGACUGUAUCUUCACUGCACCAGGGCAGAAUGACUGCAGGUGUAUGCGAGGUUUCCGUGGUGAUGGGAAAACAUGCACACCCAUCAACCCCUGCCUGGAGAACUUCGGGGGAUGUCACAGUCAGGCCGUGUGUACGCAGACAGGCCCGGGUACCAACAACUGCACCUGUGUGGACGGGUACAUCGGGGACGGGCGCAGGUGUUACGGCACACUGCUGGUGGAGCUGACUGGACGACCAGAACUGUCCACCUUCAGUAAUCUCAUUGCUAUAGCUGGCCUGCAGAAUCUAUUUUCUGGCCCGGUGAUGAAAACGGUGUUUGCUUUCACUGACGACGCCUUCCUCAAGCUGUCUGAAGAGGACAAGUCCAGGUGGUGGGAGGUCGACAACAUCCCCUUCCUCAUUAAGUACCACACAGCCAACAGCAGUCUGACCUUUGAUAACCUGACUCAGUACUACCUGGAUCAGUCCCAGCCACUGCCAACCCUGCUGCUGGGAACCAUGCUUUCUCUCACACAGGACGAUGGGUACUUACUAGUUGGAGGUGCAAAAAUCAUUGGAAAUGAAAGUUUGGCCUCCAACGGGAUCAUCCAUCAGAUAGAUCAGGUGUUGCUGCCCCCAGAGUCAGUACUGCCCACCCUGGCACCACCGAGGCCUCCACUGAGUGAACUCAUGGAGGGACUGACGGACUACUCUCUGUUCGCCCACUAUCUAUCAGAAGAUGGCUUACUAGAACAGUUGGAGACGGUGGGACCGUAUACUCUGUUUGCACCCAACAAUGCUGCAGUUCUGGCUUUCACUCGCAAUGGAUCAGAUCCAAGGGCCAUCUCCCACAGCAUCCUGAGGUACCAUAUCGUGACCGGGCUGGUCCUGACCUCUGACCGGAUCAUAAACGGACAGCACUUCGCCACGUCUCUGGGCCAUAACUACCAGAUAGGAUUCGCCCACAGUGGUAAUAAGCUGCUGGUGAACAGAGAGCCGGUGGUCAGCCCUGAUAUGCUGACACGUGGGGGCGUGGUCCACGGGAUGGGCACAGUACUGAGAGUCAGGAGGAACAGGUGUGACUCCAACAUCACCACUACCAUACAGGGUAACUGCUACAGCUGCCAGUAUCCACCCGUGUGCCCACCAGGAACCAAGCCACUGAAAAGGCCACGGGUGUCCAACUGCAUCUACGUACACAUCGUGUUUGGGGUGGCCAGAAGGUCUCUGGGCUGCUCUGCCACUUGUGUCAGGACAACAUUUAGUAGGCAGUGCUGCAGUGGCUACUAUGGGAUGCAGUGUGCAGCAUGCCCUGGGCCAGUAGAUGACCCCUGCUAUGGCAAUGGUGAAUGUGUGGACGGGCUGGAGGGGACGGGAGAGUGCAAGUGUCAGCCCAACUUUGGGGGCACAGCCUGCGAGAACUGCAUACCAGGCAGAUAUGGGGAGGACUGCGGACAAGUGUGCACCUGUGUGAAUGGCACGUGUAAUGAAGGUGUCAAAGGAGAUGGAAGCUGUACCUGCAAUGUGGGGUGGAGAGGACCUCACUGUGAUGAAGCUGUCACAGGUGAUCAGUGUGCAGGAACCUGCCACUCAAGUGCCAACUGUGUGGGAUCUGGAGAUUACGCUCGCUGUAUCUGUGCUGCAGGCUUCACAGGAACUGGACAGCAGUGUUCAGUGAUCAACCCUUGUGAGGUGAGCAAUGGUGGUUGUUCUGAGCAUGCCCAGUGCAUGAGGACCACACCAGGAAACAGGAAGUGUACCUGCCUGGAUGGAUACACAGGAGACGGUGUCAUCUGUCUGGAAAUCGAUCCAUGCCAGAGUGAUAAUGGUGACUGCCAUGAAAAUGCUGUGUGUCUGCACACUGGGCCAAACAUGAGAGUGUGUCACUGCCAGAGUGGUUAUGAAGGUGAUGGUGAACGGAGUUGCAGAGCUGUCAACCCAUGUACAACGAACAAUGGAGGGUGCAGCAGUUUUGCCGUCUGUAACCACACAGGUCCCAACGAACGGGAGUGCAUCUGUCAGGAUAACUACAUCGGAGAUGGCAUAACCUGCACUGGGAACAUUGGACAGGAACUAGGGUUGAACCCCAACACUAGUCUUUUCUAUUCCCUCCUUCAGUCUACCAACUCCCACCAGCUGGUUGGAGCAGGCCCCUUCACCGUGUUUGCCCCCACAAACAGGGCCUUCAUGAGGCUGCAACAGGACGUCCCUGGGCAGGUGUUGAAGUGGAGACGUAACGGCAUGCUGCACCAGGUGUUACAGUAUCACAUGAUCGGCUGCGUGCAGCUGAUGUCCCACACCAUGGAGAAACAGGACAGUCUGCGCACACUACAGGGAGACCUCAUUAAGCUCAGCCUCACACAGACGGGAUUGCUGUUGAAUGGAGACACCCACAUCAACAGACUGGACCACGAGACAUCCAACGGUGUCAUACACUACAUAGACAGUGUCCUCACACCCUCUAACAUGCAGUCUUUUGAGGACCUAGUCAACACUUCCUAUGUAGCACCAAGAGACAAUACCUGGGACGAUCAGGAGACAGACCAGUGGACAAGGACAGAUUUAGUAGCCAACAUCACAGUUGUGGCAACGUCCUUCAAGUAUAAUUUGUUCCUUGGGGCACUUCAGACAGCUGGGCUGGUCAGCCUGGUGUCCGACCCUGUCCACACCCCCAUCACCAUGUUCUGGCCCACUGACCAUGCCCUCAAGUCCAUGCCUGACCGCAAGUAUCAGGAGCUGCUCAAGCCGAAGAACAGGGGAGAGCUGAUCGAGUACCUCAAGUACCACAUCAUCAGGGAUGCUAGGUUGUCUGCCACAGCCCUGGUGACCAGUAACGACCUUCGGACUUUGCAAGGUUCCAUGGUGGAGGUCAUGUGCAAGGGCGAGAAGGGAGACCUUUAUGUGAAUGAAGACAGCAAGAUUGUCCAGAGGGGCAUCAUGUUUGAGGGAGGAGUAGCGUACGGAAUCGACAAUGUCCUGGAGCCACCCAGUAUCGGUGGGAGGUGUGACGUCAUGAGCAACAGAACGUUUACAGGAGAGUGUGGACCCUGUAGAACUGAUAAUAUCUGUCCUGAUGGCAGCAGACCAGUGGGACCAGUACAGCGAUGUGUGUACAUGGCGUACUACAGGCAGGCCAAUGGGUGUAAGAGACAGUGUGUGUACACCACCCUCAAACCCAAGUGCUGUCCGAAUUACUACGGCAGGGACUGCAGAGCCUGCCCUGGUGGAGCCCAGCGGCCCUGUAAUGGCCAUGGGACCUGUGAUGACGGUGUGGAUAACCACGGACACUGCAGGUGUAAUGUGGGGUACAGGGGACAGGCCUGCGAACUGUGUGAUCCUGGCAGAUUCGGACCCAACUGUGAACCCUGUUUCUGCAGUAACCGUGGCCUGUGUAGGGACGGCAUUGAAAAUGAUGGAGCCUGUUUCUGUGAGGAAGGAUGGACAGGACCUAGAUGUUCCCGGCGCCUAGACUCCAUGCCGACUUGUGACCCGCCAUGUGACCAGAAUGCUGUGUGUCGUGAAGAUAACAUGUGUCAGUGUCUACCUAACUUCCAGGGUAAUGGCAGAAGGUGUUCAGCGAUUGACCUGUGUGCCCUGAACAAUGGAGGUUGUCACCUGCGGGCCAGGUGCCGUCAGGUGGGCACUAACACCACCUGCCAGUGUGAGAAGGGUUAUGAAGGGGACGGGUACGUGUGCAGGGGCAUUGACAGGUGCGCUGUCAACAACGGAGGCUGUCACUCCAACGCAACAUGCAGGUACACAGGGCCGAACACACGGACGUGUACCUGUAAGCCAGGGUUCACAGGAGACGGGGAGCAGUGCAAACUCCCGCGCACCACCAUCGGGAAAUGUGACAUCAACAACGGAGGCUGCUCACCCAAUGGCAGAUGUGUGGAGAUCAGGCCAUCAGCCAGGAAGCCUGCAGGAGAUGUGCAGUGCAGCUGUAUGAAGAGUUUUGUUGGAAAUGGGACCAUGUGUAACAGUGAAGUGUACCAGACGCUACAGUUCACUCCGCAGUUCAGCAGAUUCUACAUUGAAGUUCAGUUGUUUGAAAGGAGGUCGUCAGAAGGAAGGAAGCUGAGGAGAAUACUGGAGCAGUCCAAGCUCAAACUGACACUGUUUGUCCCCAGCAAUGAUGGACUGCCUGUUAACGUGUCUCUAUCAGACAAGGACAUAAAAAAUCACCUGUUGAUGAGCAAGUCGUUUGUGAGGUACGAAGACUUCAAGGACGGCAUGGUGCUGAAGACAAAGGCAGACAUGGAGUUAGUGGUGAUGGCAGACUUCAAAAAGGGAGUUUACAUGGUGAAUGGGCAGGAGGUUCUGGAGUGGAACAUCCCGACUACAAACGGCAUCAUUCACAUCAUCAAGGGACCACUCUUUGCCUUGAGAGCACCAAAAGCCAGUGGGCAGAUCCGGGAUGUUGGCCCGACGGUGACGUCAGGAACGAUAGCUGGCAUCAUCAUCGCCCUGCUGCUGGUGGUGGUCCUCUGUAUGGUGGCAGCCUGCUUCUUUGUCAAGAGGCACAAAAGAAGUCCUGUUUUAGGAAAGUAUAAAAAGACUGAUGAUGGGGGCAGUGUCACGUUCGACAAUCUCAACAACUGCAAGGAAGACACAGAGUUUGAUACCUUUGAAAAUCCAACGUACAGCAAAUUGUGCAACUUAGAGGAAGAAGAAAAACUGAUGAGGCAGCAGGAUGGCUAUGAUUCUGUAACGACAGCAUGACACUGACCGUGACAUCCCCACUACUCCUCACCACGCUUUCCACCUACUCUAACCAAUGGUGCCACAACGGAGAGCUGUGCAGACGAUUCUCAGGUUCAACACACAACGUGACCCCAACGAUGUGCCCCUCUACCUUCUGUGUGACUCACUGUUUACAGUUACACUGAUCCAGACCUGUUAACAGAUGGGAGGCAAAAUUCAGUUCUUGGACCUUCGAGUUUCAAAUCCUUGGCCUCCUUGCCUCUCAGUAAACAAUUUCCUUUUACCUACCUAAGAUAGGUUGGUCCACA